UUGAAUUCCACUUUACAAAAUAGGUUUGACGAGAAUUUGGCACCGACUUGGCAAGGACACAUACCGCUGGGGGACGCGUUUUUUGCACCAGAGGAAUUAUUGGCUACAGGAAGCGUGGAUCCAUACCUGCGAGGCUUGUUUGCGGCACCAAUGAAGAAGCCGACACCGCGGGAGUUGAUAAAUGACGAGCUCACCGAAAAUCUUUUCAACCGUGCGCAUGAAUGGUGCAACCUAUCACCGAUAAAUGAGUGGCACGAUCUGAGGAGCAUCAUGUCCUACGAAGCCAUUGGCAAACUGAGAGACCUGUACGGUCAUCCGGGAAACAUUGAUCUCUUUGCCGGUGGUAUUGCGGAGGAAAGACUUGACGGAGCGUUAGUUGGUCCAACGUUUUCAUGUAUCAUUGCGGAGCAAUUCAGGCGUGUACGCGAUGGCGACCGGUUUUGGUAUGAGAGAGAGGGUGUAUUCAGUGAAAGUCAAAAGGACGCAAUUGAACAGACAUCACUGGCUCGGAUCAUUUGCGAUAAUGCUGACAAUAUUAAUAUGAUACAGGUGCUUCCAUCAUCCUAUUACAGGAGCUUUCUUUCACUUUCAUAA